AUGAAGCCAAGCGCAGAGAAGGCGAACGAUGACAACGUGAACUGGGACAUGGUGUACCAGCGGGCAUGUCGACAGAAAGCGUGUGCGAUCCAGAUGUGUCUGUCACGACACAAGUACCAAGAGUCCAAGUGCCAAGCCGAGAUUGACGCGUACAAGGCAUGCUGCACAAAGGCACGGGGGCGAGAUGAAGCAUCCAGACAACAGCGUCACGAUGCGUCCGCUUCCUCCUCCAUCAAUGCAACGAACGAGCACGUAACAUAA